GAAGCCGUUGGCUGCUGCUGAACCGUUUGGCUCUUUCUCCACUAGCAAACAGCCUCACAAUGUACCUCAAUCGCUCUUAAAUAUCAUAUUUAAACGGUUUUAUCCAGCUCCACGCCGAUGCGAACGGGACCGGACGCUCGUUUGGGAAUUUAUCUGACGACCUGUCGCCUCAAACCGGCUUUAUAACGCUUUAUUUAAGCGCUAUUUCACAAAAUAGUCGUGGAGGAGGAAUUUCCACACAGGCAGCUCAGCACUGAAAGGCUCCCCUCGCGCUCAUCCGGGUCUUAAAAUUAUAGAGACAUCUUUGCUGCUUAAGGUUCACAUUGGAGCAAGUCCUGAUCACAUGGUGCUGAGACACUUGGGUUGGAUCCUUAAAAAGCGUUUGCCUUGCGGAAAUAGGGCUGAUAGUGUGGCUUGUGUCCUGUUUGCUGACCUCAUGGUGUAAGCAAGUGUGAAGAUGAGUAUUAGCAGCGAUGAGGUCAACUUCCUGGUGUAUAGAUACCUGCAGGAGUCAGCCAAGAGCCGGAGAGAAAGCUGAUGCCGGCAAGCGUCACACUGAAGUGUUUAUCAUUCCCUCUGGCAGGGUUUUCCCACUCGGCCUUCACAUUCGGCAUCGAGAGCCACAUCAGUCAGUCCAACAUCAACGGCGCCUUAGUGCCCCCUGCUGCACUGAUCUCCAUCAUUCAGAAGGGCCUGCAGUAUGUAGAAGCUGAAGUCAGCAUUAAUGAGGAUGGCACACUGUUCGAUGGGCGGCCGAUUGAGUCUCUGUCAUUGAUCGAUGCGGUGAUGCCCGAUGUUGUACAGACCCGACAGCAGGCGUACAGAGACAAACUGGCCCAGCAGCAGGCCGCCGCCGCACCCUCCGCGGCAAGCACCAACAUGCAGGGUAACGCCAAAAACGGAGAGAACACCGCAAAUGGAGAGGAGAACGGUGCUCACGCCUUACCUAAUAACCAUGCAGACAUGAUGGAGGUGGAUGUGGACGUAGAGAUCCCUCAGAAUAAAGCCAUGGUGCUGAGAGGUCACGAGUCAGAGGUCUUCAUCUGUGCCUGGAACCCAGUUAGUGAUCUGCUCGCCUCUGGGUCCGGGGAUUCCACGGCACGGAUCUGGAAUCUGAGUGAAAACAGCAGCAGCUCCUCCACACAGCUCGUCCUCAGGCACUGCAUACGGGAAGGCGGCCAAGACGUGCCCAGCAACAAAGACGUCACAUCGCUAGACUGGAACAGUGAAGGUACGCUAUUAGCCACAGGCUCUUAUGACGGCUUCGCAAGAAUAUGGACAAAAGAUGGUAAUCUGGCGAGUACACUGGGUCAACAUAAAGGUCCGAUAUUUGCGUUAAAAUGGAACAAAAAAGGAAACUUCAUACUCAGUGCUGGUGUUGAUAAGACAACAAUCAUUUGGGAUGCUCACACAGGAGAGGCCAAACAGCAGUUCCCAUUUCAUUCAGCACCGGCUCUGGAUGUGGACUGGCAGAGCAACAACACGUUCGCCUCCUGUAGCACAGAUAUGUGCAUCCAUGUGUGCAAACUGGGCCAGGACCGGCCCAUCAAGACAUUCCAAGGACACACAAACGAAGUUAAUGCAAUCAAAUGGGAUCCGACAGGCAACCUGCUGGCAUCGUGUUCUGAUGACAUGACUCUGAAGAUCUGGAGUAUGAAACAGGACACUUGCGUUCACGAUUUACAAGCUCACAGCAAAGAAAUCUACACUAUCAAAUGGAGCCCGACAGGGCCAGGAACCAACAACCCCAACGCCAAUCUUAUGCUGGCCAGUGCUUCCUUUGACUCCACUGUUCGGCUUUGGGACGUAGAUCGAGGCAUCUGCAUCCACACACUAACCAAACACCAGGAGCCCGUGUACAGCGUGGCCUUCAGCCCUGACGGACGCCAUCUAGCCAGCGGCUCUUUCGACAAAUGUGUCCAUAUCUGGAACACACAGACUGGUGCUUUAGUCCAUAGCUACAGAGGAACAGGGGGCAUUUUUGAAGUUUGCUGGAACGCAGCAGGAGACAAAGUAGGAGCAAGUGCGUCGGACGGCUCUGUUUGUGUAUUAGAUCUGCGGAAAUAGCGCUGCUUGCUGGAAGCCAUGGACCGACUAUGAAUGUGUACAUAGCCAAAAUGACUGUCCCUGACCCUCAAACUGCUACAGUCCCCAGUGAACCAUGGCCAGCCACUACAUACGAACAUACAAAACAAGCACCCUAAUGCAACAGGAUGCGAUACCAACCAGAGACAUUUAAAUGACUUGUAAGUGACACAGGUGGAAUAAAAAACAAUAUAAAAACAGAAGAAUGACAACAGGACUGGUAUAUGUACCAAAUUUGGAAGAUAUUUUACUAUUUGUUCUUCAAAACCAAUCUCAUCAAAAUAAACGAGCGAUCGGAUUUUAAUAUUUGUUGGUAGUUCCGUUUCAAUGUGCAGACAUAUCAGCCUUUUCUUUUCUUACCCCUCCUUUCUUUCUUUCUUUCUUUCACACACUUUUGUUUGGCUCACAGCUGCAUGAUUCCAGGAUUCAUGUUUUCCUUCGAUCAAUACAGUUAUUUAGCGCCUUUUGCUACUGGACGUUUUGUGAUUUCAACAGUGUGGGGACAUGAAUAGUUUAUCUUUUUCUUCUAAAAAAAGUUUUAGUUUUUGACACUGUGGUGUUAGUCAUCUGAAUUCCCUGGUGUACCCAUUUUACGUUGAAAAAUGAACCAUGCAUCCUAUUAAAUUCAUCACAGAAGCCCAGACAAUACAAAUAGAUGCACUAAUACUGCUGUAUCUAGUUAUUAAACAUUUUCUUUAUCAGUCAAACAAGCUAUAACUGACAUCAGAGCAUCCCAGGACAAUUGACGACAUGCAUUUAAAUUGAAAUAAAAAGACUUGCUUUAGAUCUUCAGUAUUUCUAAAGAAACUGUUUGGCAAUUGGCUUCUCGUUCUUUUCUUUUUUUAACAACAGCACUUGCAGUAUUUUUGGUAUUGAUUGUUUGUGUGCAAAUCCAAAAAUAUAUUUCAUUCAAACAAGUGGAUAAUUUUUAACAAGUUGCUUGUGUUUUGUUUCUUUUGUCUGUCAAAAAACAUAUUUUAUUGGAAAACCUGAAACUUAAAGCAAGUCUUUGUUGGCCAGAACUUUAAAAAAAAAUUAUUGUAUUAAAACAAAGUGUGAUGGGAAUGCAUUCCUAUAUGGUUGUUUAUCAGUUUUGCCAUUUAAAAACUAGUCAUUUCUAGAUCCUCUGCACGGUGUGUAAUGUAAUAUCUGGUCAUAUGAUAAUUUUAUCAUGAAAUAAGACAUGCUAUCAUUUACAGUUAUUGCAUGUAACCGGAUGCCAGUGCAAAGAGCCGCAUCAUUUUAAAAUGGUCAUACUAAUGUACUUUGAUUUUUACUUCGUGUCCAAGUUUGGGCAUCAGUGAAUCUUUGUGUUGUCUCAACCAAUGAGAAAAUUCACAGGCCCCAGGUGUCCUGUGAUAGACGUUUAUCCGCUUUAUAGUUAUUUUUAGGCCAUCGUAUGACAUUUAACCUUGUGUUUUAUACAGUGUUUUGAGGUCUGUAUAAAACGGUCUUCUUUUAAAUCCAUCUGAACACUAUUUAUUACUGUCUACGACAACAGAAAGGUAUUUCGGCCCCACUUUGUCCUCUCCUGUCUUUUCUUUGUCCCAGCAUCUGCCUGCCCGCAGUUACCUUUAUUUCCUCACAGUGUCACUUCUAAUCAUUAUUCUUACUGCGUCUGUGUCCUCUGGACUUUUUGUACUCUAUUAAAAGUUUUGUAAUUCAUAUUUCUUUGUAGCUAAAAAAAAUGAGAAAAGAAAUAAGCAAAAAAAGGAAAAAACAAACAAAAACCCAAAACAAACUAUUGGAGGCGGGUUUGAGGGUGUACAGCUUAGACUUUUCGGUUUUGCUCAUUCUGAGCCACCAUGUGUUCUCGGAUGUCCCCACACCUGAUCUUUGUUUCCCCAGUCAAAUGUUUUUGGUUGCAAAAUACCCCUCCUUGCAUUGCAUUGAUCUGUUGUCAUUUGAAUCAGAUCUGGAGUCCAAAAUAAAGUAUAUUUUGAUAUUA